CACCUCUCCCGAAUCCAUUCCCUCCCACCACUUUUUCGCUCCCCAUGGCGCCGGUCUCCCCGCGCUUCGUGGAUGUCACGACCUUCGCGGUGGAGGAGGAAGCGGCCUACACGAAGCAUUUCCGAGAGCAAGGCUUUGUGGUCGUCCGGGAUGUGCUUAAUGCCAGCGAGGUCCAGGAGACCAUCGAUGAGAUUUGGAGCUGCCACAGCUUGUUGGGAGGCGGUGCUUUAGAUCGCAAGGAGCCUCGAAGUUGGGAUGCAUGGCCUGGAGGCUCUCGAAACUUCGUCGAGUCCAAGGACCCCACGGCAGAGCUUCAGACCUGGAGGAACCGGGUGAACGGCACCCUGAACCGCGUCUUCGACGUGCUUUGGGAAAGCUUCGUGCCCGGUGCGAGCGAGGGUCUGGUGAUGUCCGUCGAUCGCCUGGGACUCAUGCGACCCACCCUCUGGCGCGAGACGGAGACGGAGACCAUCGAGAGGCCUGAAUGGCGCACCAGCCGAGAUUGGCUUCACUGGGACCAGAAUCCUUGGGCCAUGCCCGAGUUCGAGGCCAUGCAAGGCUUCAUCAGCCUUUCAGGCAGUCGCAGCUCGGGGGGCUUUGUGACGGUGCCCGAGUUCCAGCAGCACUUCGCCCAGUGGUCCAAGGAUCACCCCGAAGGCAGCAUUCCCAAGCGCAGUAAGACCAUGAUCCCUUUCCCAGUUCCGCUGGAGGACGAAAUGCAGGCUCGACGUUGCAAGAUCGUGGUGCCCAGCGGUGGGCUCCUCGUUUGGGACUCGCGUUUACCUCACGAGAACUUUCCGAACACCGGCGAAGACUGGCGCGUGGUGCAAUACGUCACCUGCAAGCGACUGUCGCCCGCGGAUGUCUUGGCCCGGGCCACGGCCUGGCAAAAUGGCUUGAGAACAGGCUUGAUCCCCUGCUCCUUCGCUCAGCGUUACACUGCCGCGGAGCAGCUCAGGCUUGGCAUGACAACUGAAGACACCACGCUAACGUUGGAGACAGCUGUCAAGGAGGGCGAAAAUCUCUCAGAGGAGCAGCGUGAGGCUGCCCAAAAGCUGAAGCGAGCCUACCGCUUGAAGCAAUCGGCGGAGUUGCCUGAUGAGCUGAAGGAGGCGGUGCAGCUCUUCCGCGAAGCCUUCAAGGUGAACCCAGAGCUCCGAGAGGUCUUGCAGCAGAUUGGCCGUGCGGAGAGUAGCUACCUGCCCUUCUGGAUCAUAUGAGCAAGAAAAAGAGUGCAAAAAGGCGAAGUUCGGAGUCCCAGACGAAGGCUGAAAUUCUUGUUCCGUUCGUAGUAAGGCCAGGAGCCCCGAACGAAGCGUCCUUGCUCUGUUCGUAACGAGGCCCUUUGUUCCGUUCGUAGCGUCCGAUCGCUCCUAGUAGCUUCAUUUCAACCUUUACCCGGAAUGACCAACGAGCCGAAGAAGACUUUCAGUGUCGAAACCACCAACCAGACGGAACGAGAUUUGAAGCCAAUGACGUGACAUGGAGGAGUUGAGAGCCUCUUUUGAUUCAGUUUUAGUACAGUAGCCGGGCAGGAUCAGCUUGUUGGAAUUCUAAGCCGCCAAAUUGAAACCUCGCUGACGGCGCGCUUGGCGCCGGUGUCUUGUAGCUGGUGAAAGAGUGACUACAGACGCAGGAUCACCUCGCUGGGAUCCCGAACGAUUUCGAGACGUCGGAUGUUGUCCGAUGUUUCGUGCUUUGGACGAUGGCUCGAUCGUGUCCGCAAAACGUGGGAAUCCUGGAAGAACCCAUAUUGUCGAAAGAGGAUGUUUAGGAAGAAUGGCAGGAGUCGGUCCACGACAUAGUCUCAGAUACAGUCUAGACUCUUUGUGUUGU